AGAAACCUCCAAUGAACCAUCCACGACCAAAUCAUUCUCUUCUCUCUAUUAAAAUUAUAUAAACAUUUCAUGUUACUACUUACCUACCCAAAUAGAUGAAGAAAUGGCGAGCUUAAGCACGAGCUUGCUCGGAAUAAGACGCGGGUCAAGUAACAAGAACAAGGCAGACGAUAAGACCAAACACGCAGUGUUUUGCAGGAAGCACCCAAAGCACAGACAAUCACCUGGUGUUUGUUCCCUUUGUCUUAACGAGAGGCUCUCUCUUUUUAUUAAAGCAGCUUCUUCACGUCGACCAAGAUCGCGUCAAAUCUUGUGUUCUUCCUCAACUAGUUCCUCUCUUUCUUCUUACUGCUCUUCAUCCGUCUCUUCUUGUCCUUCUCCUCUUCUUGAUCGCCGACGGUACUUGGUAAUAGCCGGAGGCAGCGGGAGAAGAGAAAAAGGGAUUUCGUGGAUGACGAAAAGCCGAUCUGUGGCUUAUAAAGUGGAUGAUGAGAAGAGAAAGAAGAAGAAGACGAACAAAAGUGGUUUCUUUUUUGGUUUGAUAAUGGGCACAAGAAGGGACAAUAAGACAGUGUUGUAGAUAUGUUAGAUUAGAUUGUUCUUGAUUGUGUAUUUUAUGAUGCGUGCUUGAUUCUUUCAUUUUAGAUCGAUUGCUACAUAUAGAUCAUGACUAGAUCAGUUUAGUGUUUUUGGUACGUGAAGGUUAGAGAGAUUCUUGAUGAUUAACAACGAUAUGAGAAAGAGAAAGAAAAUUUUUAUAUAAUUAAUGAGGUUGCAAAGUCAUUUUUAUA